UUUUUUAUAUUACAAUUUUUAAAAAUCAAAGAAAAGUAUAUUUCAGUUAACUGCGUCUCACUAAGAAUCGACUCGAUGCGCGAUGACGAGAUGUAAAUAGCAAAGUCGCUCUUCGCACAGCGGUCGGACGUCGAUCACACACGUCAGAAACAUACAUUUGCGGUACCAAUUACCGGACUUUUUUUUGUCUUCAAAGUCAAAUUAUAUGCACACAUGUUCGCAGCGAAGCUAAUAAAAGAAGUAUUGCUAGUUACGGCCCUUAUUCUAUCUGCGUCAUCUAAAAACAAUAAACCAAUGAAAACAAUUUUUAAUUCAAGAAGUAUUGAAAGUAAAGGUGUUGAAGAUUCACCUCCACCUGCGCCACAUAAUGUCCUGCAUAUGAAUCUUAAUGGAGAUGUGAGAAGAUAUAUGUUCAAUCAUGUUGUGACGGGAUCAAAUAAAAAUAUAGUAUGUUCCCCCUACAUUGCUAUUAUACCUUUGGCGGAACUGUUAAUGGGAUCUAGCAGUCGCAAUUAUGAAGAGCUGAAAAAUGCCAUCGGAUGCAGACGUUCAAAGGUUAUUAAAACCAUGUACGACUUAAAACGGGAACUGGAAGGUGCCAAGGACAAUGUUCAACUUAUCAUAUCAAGCACAAUAUUCGUUUCUGUAAAAUACACUAUGUAUCCAUUGUUUUUUGAGCAUGUCAUGGCAAUAUCCGGCGCUGGCUACAGGACGAUACAUUUUAAUAACACCGAAGAAGCAACAGAAAUAAUUAAUCAAUGGGUGAGCCAACAAACACAAAAAGAAAUAAAUGGACUGGUAGAUCUUAACAAGAUAAUAUAUCCAACGACAUCUCUUUUUAUAACUAAUGCUCUAUAUUUUCAUGGUUUUUGGGAACAUCCAGUCGAUUCAAUUAAUCAAGACAUUUUUAAAGCUCCAGGUCAAGACAUAGUAAUGGAUAUGAUGACCUUUAAAUCCAGCUUUCUGUAUGGUACAUCUCGUAUAUAUGGAGUAAAGAUAAUAGCGAUGCCAUAUUCUGGCUACAAAAUGACAUUUGUCAUUAUACUGCCGCUUGGGAAUAACAAUGACAUCUUAGAAGACAUCAUGAAGACAACCUUGAAGAACCCAGAUGUUUGGAACAAGAUGUGGGCAUCUGUUGAUAAAACGCAACUGCGCCUUACCAUUCCGAGAUUUAAUGUCACCACUCAAUUAGACUUGAAUAAAAUAUAUAAAAAGAUCGGCUUAAAAGAAAUAUUCGACGAAAACAACAAUAUUUUGACCAAAGUGGUUCAUAAUGACAGGGUGCAUGUCACAAAUAGUGUCCAUGCCGCUAAGAUCGUGGUGGAUGAAAAAGCAAUUAAAACAGACAACCAAGAUCCUCACGUCCAUUUCGGCUAUAAUGACGUCAAAGUUGAUCAUCCAUUUUUGUUUUUUGUAAUGCACAAUUCAGAACAAAUCUUAGCGGGUUUAUUUAACGGCUUGCCAUUAAAUAAUGCUGACGAAUAUUCAGGGGGAACAAUUCAAUAAACUGGCGAUAGAACUAAAAAAUAUAUAUCACACAAGAAUAGUAUUAUGUUCCUGUAAAAAAUAUUGUAGCCCUGUGUUGUACAGUCAACAGCAUCAACCUACACAAAUUCAUUUCAAACUUGCCGCAAUUACCGCGCCGCCAUAGGGGUUCUUUCAGGGUAACUUGAUGUGCUGUUAACUGUACCUACAGUUCAAAGACUAUGAAAACAAUAAAGGUCUAAAGUACCCAAAUAACAUAAAAGGUUUCCAUACAAAUUUCUCGGCCCACCUCAUACAAAACGGCAGAUUGGGCCUUGUAAAAUUGGGCACACCCCCGCGCACGGCCCUUUUUAAAUCUAUGGGGCACAUAGUUAAAGAGAGCUUUAAGCGCUCUGUCCCUUUUCUUCUGGUCAUAAUUUAUAUAUAACUACGUCAUAA